AUGGAGUACAAACCAUCGAAGGAAAUCCCCACGGUUUCCGAACUGCCGAUGAAUAGUGCUAGAAAAAUUAAGAACCAACCCAAUAGGGACAAAAUAAUAAUGAUGAAGGUGAACGACCCGACAAACAGCAGGACAGGUAAAAGAAUCCCACCAAGGAAAGAAAGUCAGUCCCCAAGAGUCCGGUGCCAGCAGGAUCAGCUCCAACUAAGGAAACCUGAGUUCACAUCCAAUUUCUAUAGAGACGACAACUGCAUGGACAAGUGA